GUCUGUCACAUGCGAAGCGAAGGGAAAGAGACGAUAAAUCAACCCGCAGCCUCAACCUGGUCAAAUAUCACGUUGCAGCCGCAGGAAAUACAGCUUCAACCGGACCUUUAAAUGUCCGUAAUGCUCGGCAUCACCCGGGAGCCUCAACGCUAAACCUGGCGGCCAUAUUGUGUGUGUUUCGCUCGCUGUUAUCGCCUCUCUGACUGCCCCCCCCCUGCUCUGCGGACGCCUUUGUGGCGAUGAGUGCGGAUCUCCUCUCUGAUCUGGACACGCGCUUCUUCGCCGACAACCUCCUGACGAACGAAGACUGGGAUGCCUGCCUGUACCAGUGUGAGAGCAUGGAGGAGGGCGAGGACGCCGACCUCGGCCGCGGGCGGAAGUACGAGCCGGCGUUUGACAACAACCUCGUUCUCACCCUCGACCCUGACAACCCCACGUCGCCGUGGCAACACCUUGACGACAACCUUCUCACAGGGGAAGCCCCCGUCAUAAAAAGUGAAAUGACCAUCACGCAGCCGUUACCGGUGGAAAUGUUGUUCCAGGUGAAAGCCGAGCCUCCCUCUCCGGCCUCCUCACUCGGGUCCGACUGCUCCUCUCUGUCACCCGACCCUCAGAUCACCGUUAAAGGAGAAAACCCCCCGACUCCGCCCUACAUGUACGGAGACGUGCUCUGUCCUCCGCUGGGGUCCACGGAGAUCACCGUAGCAACGUCAGCCGUGCCGCCGCGGACGGCGACGCAGACGCCAGCGGUCAUCGGCGGAAUACAGACGCAGGCCGCUCUGCCGGGUUCGGCCACGCUGAAGGCCGGCUCCAUCCUGAGCACCAAGCCCCCCAUCCAGCCCAGACCGCUGUGCGUCACGGCCCUGCCCGUUCCCCAGACCCAGACCCCGGCAAAGACCCUCAUCCUGCAGGGCCUCCCCUCCUUGGACCAGAACAGACCUGUCGUCUUGUCCCAGUCCGUCUGUCUCGGUUCGGCUCCGGCCAUCGUGAAAAUGGAGCCCGUAUCUCCCAGCAUGCCUCAGCACUGCUCCGGCCCCACGGCUCCGCCCACCAGCAAGCCCAUCGUCCCGGCCACGACCACGACGGCGGCGUUACCCGGCAACCACUCCAACGACAUCGAUAUGAAGGUUCUGAAGCGGCAGCAGCGCAUGAUAAAGAACCGGGAGUCGGCCUGCCAGUCGAGGAAGAAGAAGAAGGAGUACCUGCAGAACCUGGAGGCUCAGCUCCGGGAGGCCCAGCAGGAGAACGAGCGGCUCCGCCGGGAGAACCAGGCGCUGAAGGAGAGGCUGGCGGGGAAGGAGGGCGGCGACUCUGCGAGCAACAAGAGGGCGGUCUGCGUGAUGGCCGUCCUGCUGUUCAUGACCUUCAGCUUCGGCCCGGCCAGCAUCUCGGACAGGAAGCUGUCGGGCCUCCAGGACGGCGUGGUGACGUACACGGGGCGACGGCUGCUGGAGAUCGAGCAGCAGCAACAACAACAACAACAACAACAACGACCGCCUCCGAGCAGAGUGGAGGACACAACAGAGACGGAGGAGGACGGAGGAGACGAGGCUGCAGAGUCGUAUCAGUUCAGGAACCUGAGUGACGUGUUCAGUGACAUGAAGGAUCUGGUUCUUCAGGACAUCGAUCGUUACUUCAGUUCUUCAGACUGUCGACAGUUUAACCGCUCAGAGUCUCUCAGGCUGGCAGACGAGCUGAGAGGUUGGGUCCAGAGACAUCAGAUCGACCGCAAGAAGUCGGGAGGGAAACCGAAAGCCAAGAAAGCCAAGAUCGCCCAGAAAGCUCAGCUGAGGAGGACGAACUUCUCCAGAUAUCUGCCGAUCCAGACUCACCGCUCCAUAGAAAGUCAGCUGCAGGUGCUUCCUGGUCCGGAGGUCACGUACAGCGACUUCCUGGACGCCAUCGACCGCAGAGAGGACACGUUCUACGUCGUCUCCUUCAGACGGGACCACCUGCUGCUGCCGGCCAUCAGCCACAACAAGACCAGCCGGCCUAAGAUGUCUCUGGUGAUGCCGGCCAUGUCUGUGAACGAGAGCCUCUACAACUCCUCUAAGGGCUACGAGAUGAUGAUGCAGGUCGACUGUGAGGUCAUGGACACUCGCAUCGUCCCCAUCAAGUCGUCCGCCGUCCCGCCGUCUCUGCGCGACCCGCCCCCCCCUCCCCCCUCCUCCCCCCACCACAACCACACCUCGCUACGAGGGCGCCACCACCACCACCACACGACCCCGAGGCAACCGUUACCCGCCCGGCGGCGGACAGCGGAGUACCUGAUCAGCCAAUCAGAAGGAGUCUGAGCAAGGUUAACGGUUUCACGUCUUUUUAAAAUACGACAGGACACACACACACACACACACACACACACUCUUGAUGGAUCGUGGUCGAUACAUCCGGCCGUCGUCUCCGGACAUGACGUUUAAUGAAUGAAAAUACAGCGCACUUAGAAGACAAUGCUGCGUUUUUAAUAUUUAAUGGUGAACGUGUACAGUUUUGAAUGACGCGCUGGAGGGCGGGACCGCGCUGCGAUUGGUCGAGAGGAGAAAUGCCAACUCGGCGGUUUUCUUUCUUUCAGAGAGAAAUCUCUCUGGUUAAAGUUGUCACUGCAGCUCCGGACGGGCCGAGUCACUUCCUGUCUUCCUCGACACUACUGAUGGUUUCUGUGUUGACGUUUGUAUAUUUGUUGUUGUUGUUGUUGUUGUUGUUGGUCGGCGCUGCAUGAAGCUGGAUCUUAAUGUGAGCGGAAGGAACAAAUCCGUCGAUAUUCAUCUUUAUUAUGGAGCCGCUAAAUCCAACACUGUCACAGCGGAUCAAUACAUCCGUGAUUAGAUGAUUUAUUGAUUUAUUGAUCCGCUCUGGGAGAAAAGAACAAACGUUCAACGGUUUAAUGUCGAGUAAAAAAAAAAAUAACCUCAUUUUUAUAAUUUUAUUUUUAUUAUAAUUGAUAUUUUGAUUAAUCAAUUUAGUGUUUUUAGUCAUUUUUCAACCCAAAAAUACAAAAACAUAAUAAUAAUAAUAAUAAUAAUAAUUGAGAUACUUUUGCUGACAAAUCAUAAAAUAUAAAACUAAUAAUAAUGAGCUGCUCUUUAAACUGAUCACUGAUCAAUAAUAAGUUUAAAGAAGGACAAACGGCUGUUUACUCGUAAGAAACACAAACAAACUACGGCAACAAUAAAUCGAUCAUAAACGCAACAAGAGAAGCUGAUGACAUCACUUCCUGUUCUAAGAUCCGGCUUCACGAGGCGUCCGUUUGUUUGUACGCAGAGAAAUUAUGUUUUUGUUUUGAAUGUGGGUUAUUUAAUAGUUGUAAAUAUCAAUGUUCCCUCUGUAGAUACUUUUUCUUUUGUUUGUCACCUUUUUUUAUAUAUUUUUUAUUUCUUUUUUGAUCUUUUGACAACAAAAAGUUUUUAAAAUAAAUAAAUAAAAAAACGAACGUAAAGUUUAUAUAAUAAUGAGAAAAACAGACUUCUGGUGUUUUUUAAAAAAAAAUAUUUUGUUCAGUUCAUUGGACCAAAAACCUCGGAGCUCUUCGGGAAGUGAAAAUAUAUUUAUGGAAAUAUAUAAACAGUUUUUUUUAUUGUACAGAAUUAACCUUCAUUAAAUUUCGUUGUUUUUGUUUUAAAAUGUUUUAAAAAUGUCUCGAUUUUCAACACUUCCUGUGUUUUUUGUUUCAAACAAAAAGCUGUUUUCUGAUCUUGUGUUUUGUUUUUUUUAGUCACUCCAACAGUUUGCUCGGCAUCAUGGGAAAAAUGUCCUUUUAAGAGCAACACGUAAAAAAAACAUAAAACACAAAGUUUGACAAUCAAAGAAAUAAAAACUUGAGGUUUUAACAUUCACAUAUUUUCCAUCCGGCAAAAAAAUUAACUACCUGAAUAUUUUGCUCAUAAAAAUGUGGGAUUGAGAAAAAAUAAAAGUUUUUUUUUUUUGGAAUUCGCCUAUUUGUUCAUUUUCUUUACAGAAAUAAAUCUGUGUGAAACUCCUCCUUGA